CUUCUCACCGGUCACCCCUCGCUGAUUUCAUGAUCACCUUAAACACAGACAACAAGACCGAUAACGGUCUACAAAGAAGUGUUCGAUUCCGGAGCGUACCUUCAACAUCUUCUGUGUUCGUGGAGUUGAGAUUAAGCGCUGAACCGUGUUCGAGGGCUUGAGGUUAUAGAAACAAGCCGUGUUUCCGCGUCUUUACCGCAGGUAUAACGCCAGCGUCAGCAUCCUUACGAAGACCAAGCUUUUUUGAGGUUGUCUCGUCAUCAAGUGAUUCAAUGUUUCUUCAACGCUUGCAAAGCCAGGAUAUACUGCGUGCGAGAUACUGAGUUUUGAGUAAUAACGGGCGUCACGAUACUGAAGCGUCCAAAACUCGGGCAUCUGGGACGAUUGAGUCAUGCAUUUGAUGAGGACACGCCGAGCGAUUCCAAAAUCUCAAGUAUACUAAGAAGUGAAUGUGUGGCCGAACAUUACGACUUCGAAUCCCGAGUCGUUCACGCAUAUAUAUAGGGACCCCCCGAUCCAUAUGACUCUACGUUCACACCUUGAGGUCUCUUCUCACCGAAGAUCCUCCCCAUCAUCAUCCUCAACUUCAUCUUCUCAUGAGCGCCUCGACAUUCACUCGCCCCUCCUGGACUGCCGAGAUUGAGGCGGGCACCAAGGCCAUCCGGGAUGCCUUCAAGGUCGCUCCACCCCCUCCGCUCGGAACUGCCAAAACGCCGGCACAGCGCGCUACGCUCCCAAACCCGGCGACGAUCCCCGAUGGCGUCGUUAUCAAGAGUAUCAUCGUUGUCCCGCACGGCGUGGAGUUCGCCGACGAUGGUUCGGGCAAGGCGGCCGUGAGGCUCCCCGAGAGCAUUGCGCUCCCGAGUCAGCUGCAAGACGCAAGGAUCAGCCCGGAGGCCGUGCCUGUUUUCACUUAUGAGCGUAACGGGAGGGCAGCGGCGGUGCAGGUGGAGACUAAUGUGAUCUUUUGGCUGCAUGCAGGCGGCAAUGUCUCUGGCCACCCUGCCGACUACAACAUGCCGUGUCCGCAGUGGGUCCCGACGAUCAGCAAGGUCGCGGUGGGCUUCGACGGUGUGAUCUUCGCGCCGUCGUACCGCCUCGCUACCACGCUGGAGAACACGUACCCCGCGAACCUGCAGGACAUAUGGCACGCGUACCAAUACGUCCUCGAGCAAGGGUACCAGCCUAAGAACAUCCGCUUUGUGGGGGAGAGCGCCGGCGGGAACUCAGUGCUCAUUCUCACCUACCUCCUCCACCUCCUUUCCAAAACCCUUCCACACAGCAUCGCCGCCUUCUGCCCCGCCGCCGACCACGACUACGUCCUCUCCCCGUACGCCGCGGCCCAGGCCGACGCCGAUAUCUUCCCCAUCGGUCUGCACAGGGGCGGCUCGGACCUGUGGCUCCUCGAGCCUGGUGCAUUCCCGCCCGAGUCCCUUCCGUCGCGCUUCCAGGGUGUGCCGCCGCGCGAUCGUAAGGACCCGCUGAUCUCGGCGAUGUACAUCCCCGUCAAGGACAUCGCGGGCUGGCCGAAGACGUUGCUUGUCACGGGCACGGCGGACCAGCUCGUCGAUCCGUCGAGGUACAUUCAUGAGGAGGCGGGAGGGGAGAGUGGCAAGGUGCAGCUGCUUGAGGUGGAGGGAGGGGUACAUGGGUUCUGGCAUUUCCCGUUCUACGGAAAGGUGAGGGAUGAUGCAUGGGCGGCUGCGGUGAAGUUCAUUCAGUAGGCGAGCCUAUGGAAAGGAAAGGAAGCUGUUUUGUUAUUUGUUGAAGACUGUAAGCAGUUACUGAAAUUUGUACCAUUACGAUUGAUAGCAUGUACUCACAAUU